AUGGCGGACCCAGUACAGGAUUUUUUGGCGCGUGAGAAGGAUGCCCUCGGUGAUAUUGCCAACGAAUUAGGAGGCGAUGGCUCAGGUUGGAUUCCUUAACGCUCAGUGUUCUGUGUGGCAUGCUUCUUUAAAUGAGACAUACAGACAAAGUGGGGUGUUGCCAUUUGCUUUGUUGCCUCUUGACUGCCAGCAUUGGCUCCUCCUUCAAAAUAGAACGAAUCUAGCAAAUUACUCGUUUCCGGUGGCAUCUUAUCAAAACCGUCGUUGAGCAGUUUGUAUUUGACACUAUUCGGACACGAGUUUUAAUGUCUUAGAACAUUAAGCAUCGUAAUUAGGAUGUCACUCACUCAUAUUUUAUCCCCGCCUCUCCGCGCUUCGAAAUAUAAUUCCUCAGUGUCCGCUUCUUAAAUAUUUCUUGGGAGAACUACAAAUAGAUGACGGGGGAGUCAUCCUUAUCGGGUUGUGCCGACGUAGCACCACGUUGUGAUGGUUGGUGUCUGGGAUCUUUUUGGACCCUUUCGUCGCCUUCCAGAAGCUAAUGUUUUGUCGGAACUCAGAUUAUUUUAUCUGAAGUUUCUUCAGUCAACUGAGUGUCCAAUCGUCUAUUUCCACUAUUUUGUGUUUUUGUCAUGUACUCUUAUUCUGUGGAAUAAAGUACCUCGAACAGAGCACCGACGAUCCGGAUAAUUACUGUGACACUGGUGCUGUUUUGCUCGUUUGGAGGUAAAGUCCAGUUACAUAAAUACAAAAAAAAGAUUCAGUACCUUAAGUACGUUUUACUGAUAUUUAACUGGGAUUCACUUUUUCCCGUUCCCGUUGUUUGCCUCGUUCCCUAUGCAUGCACCCUGGUAAUGCUCUCGUUGACCUGCGUAUUAAUGCUUAUGCAGGACCACGACCAAACACGAUCAUGGUCGGCAAAAGGGGCUGUUAGUUCAGACAUUUAGCGUACCCUUGUCGUGUCUGUCAACCGCUCACAAUUUCCACAAAUUUCCUUUACUUUACCAUUUUGUCAAUACUAAUGCGUUUUCACAACUUUUAUUGAUUUGUGCUUACUACAUGAAGUGUCCCUGUUUGUAAACCAUUGAUGUCGUACCAAUUUGGAGUGCCACGUCCGUACUUGUUCAAAUAGGCAAAGUAAUUUCCCUAGUUGAACCAUCUCUCACUUCUGUCUUACACUUGCAAUAAUUUACGAAAUUCGGGAUUAUUUUCGUAACCAAACGGCAUGUGAACUCUUUGAAGAAUAUUGCAUCUAGAGGUCGACCACCUAUUUAAGAUUUCGCCAACAAAGUAGCUACGUUCUCUUUUCAGGAAAAAAUGUGCAAUUCAUACCCAUUUGGGGCCUGCAGUCAUCCAUAUUCAGCUAGAAAAUUUUCCCAGCUUGGUUGUCCUUCUUUAUGCUCACUUCAGCUUUGCUUUUUUGAAGGCUAACAGUUUCAACUGGAGACUGAACAGUUAGUCCGUGCCUUUAUUCGAUUUCCUCACUAAUGUUGAAGAGGUAUGACCUACUCCAGGGUUCGAAGCCAUCUGGCUAAUCAAUAAGUUACUUAAAAAGUGCUGGACACCCGAAACUUCAGCGAGACAGCGCCUUGCUUUUCGCUAAGUGCGUUUCUUCAGCCCCCGGGCGUAAGUGUUGCAUACGGGAACGUCGGGUACCGAAUGCGGACUGUUUUAACAUUGUGAAAUAUGAACAUGAAAAAGUCUUGUCUUCUUAGACGUCGGUUCAUUGGACGAUCUGCGUGAUGCUAGCGAAGCCGUGGCGCAAAAUCCCUCCUCCCACUCUCCUGCUGCUAGCGGGGAUCAACCGACCCAUGAGAAUGCAACGGCCUCCCAUAAUGAUUUUGUCACAGUUCCUCCGUAUCUGAACGCGGAAGAGGAGGCCCGGCCCAGGUCAUCAGCCUCGUCCCACGCCUCCUCUCACCAAAGCAGUAAAGAAAAAGGGCCUGCAACGCCAAUGGCAUCGGCCAUGAUGGAGUCCUGGCGCGCAAACUUUGAGGCAAACAUCAAAGAGCGCGAUGAGCAGGAGGAACGAAAGCGUCAGGAACUGGAAGCCAAUGCCAAAAGGGUUAGCUCUCGAUAUUUUGCCUCCACACGUCUUUAUCAUAUAACUUGCAGUCAGCACUACCUUUAUCCUGUUUGUUUUACAGGAACUUGACACCUGGUACUCAAACUACCGCAGCCAGCUGGCGGCCAGGUCGACAGACAACAGAUCAGAGGGACCAAAGGACGCAUCCGGCAAGGUCUACAACAGUUAUUCAGGCCCGAAACCAUCUGUUAACGACACACAGGUCUGGGAUAGCGUUUGCAGCAUGUGCGAUCUACAGGUAUAACAUCCGUUUUGUCUCUUUCACUGCCUAGUCGCAUCUGGAAAGUAACGACCGUCCGGUCCAUCUGUUGCUCAAAAAGUCCGUUCACCACGGCCUGUAAAUGGAACGAAUAGGCGUUGGGGUCCAGUGUUAAAAACGCCAAGAACUGUGGCCCUCGUUAGUACUUUGAGAAUUUUUCAUGGAACCUCCUCACAGGAUCCGUUGGAUUGUGCGAACCUAGCUCCCCACCAUUCCUAUUUACAAAUCGUCACCUUACUUAUUGUGAGCUAAGCGCACCACUUAUAGAUAAGUCGUCAGCUGUGUUGGUGUGGUCUGUGUGAAUCCACUUUUUGUCGCGCACGCUCCGUUUGUUGUUUCGUCGUGGAGCUUGUGCUGCUACGUGCUUCGCCGCCCAUGAUGUCGUGGGGUGUAGGCGGGUGACUAGACAGGGCUUUCAGUUGAUGAUCUGGUGAGAGAUAUGAGAGGUCUAACCACCUAGUGGUCUUAAAGGCGGAAUAUAAACUAAAUAGGCAAACUGAGAAUCAUUCAUACUCUUAAAAUGCGUGCGUGCAAGUAGGAACAAGUCAGUUGUUUGAGGACCGCAUACAGCCAGUCGAAUGAUGCGUAGUCUUUUAUUAUUAAUCUCCAGAGAUUUCCAGGAGCUUUUUGACCCUGAUUACCAGCAAGCAUUUACCUCUUAGUCUUAAAAAAUGUGCAUUACCCCUGCAUUGUAUGUGAGGACUGCUUUUAGGAGGGCCUUCUAGCCCCUGUCUAGGCACUUAAAAAAUGAGCAGCCCCAGUUUGAACUGAGUGAUUGCGCACUGUUGACAAUCGUUAGUUUGAUGAGACAUCUCCAACGGUAUGUACUACUUUAUCAAUAUUACGCUGACACCAUCCGAACUCUCAGCCACCCAGUGUUGCCAAUGCAUUUCACAGAGUUACAUGAAGUCCCCUUCGCCUACGUUGAAUCUUUCCAUGUUUUAUACUAGCAUCAAGCCAGAUUUGAUAACUGACUCAACCAUUUUAUUCCAAACUCCACUUAAAUGCGGGGACUGAAUUAUCAGUGAAAAGCAUUUGUCAGGCGAGUAGUUUGCCAAGAUAACUCACGAUUUGCUCAGUUCGGAAGUAGUAAAAAAACUCGUGCCGUUUCUGACUAGACUCGCACUAUUCUGAGAGGCUACGAAUUGUUCUUCACGCCCUACAUUCACGUUAUCCCACGAUCAGCAGGGCUUUUUCACGCUUGUUGCUUUCGAUCUGUUCAUGACAGACGGAUGUCUCACCAACCUAGCUACCACAUACACCAUCCAUUUAGGCCAUAUAAACAGAGUAGUUAGCUGUUCAUAAAUCAGUAUAUGUGCUAUCUCGUGAAGUGUUAACUUGAGUUCUGGACUAUUUUUUCAAUUUGAAGCGAUUACUUUCGUUUGGUCGUAACAUUAAUUAUUGUGCAGCAUAAUCUUAAUAUAUUUCAGUCAUCAGGGUUAAAUAUUAUAUAAAAUGUACACAAAACAUUCUUAAACCCAUCUGAUAGCAAAUUACGCUCUCUUCAAAUCUUAUACUCGAAGAACGAGUAUCAAAAAAUUAUUCGGAGGUUGAAAGAGUUUUUAAAAACCAGAAAACGUUCUCUCUUCAAGUAGAAGAUUUGAAGAUCUAAUUUGCUACAAAAUGAGUACAAGAGGGAACUCAAUGGGAAGAAUUCAUACUACUUAAGUAGUUCUUACAGACGACCGAAAAGAAGCUCAUCUAAAAGCCAAAAUCCUGGUGCGACUGAAAUAUCGUAAGAUUAUGCUGCACGAUAGUAAAUAUUACAGCCCUACUUACGUAGUCGUCUCGAAUCGAGAACAUGUUUCAGGAUUUCAAUUAAUAUUUCAUGGGCUAGCACUUCUACUGUACUCCCUGACAUACACAUAAAAUCUUAAACCAUCCACCAGUUCCGACCUUGUUUCCCCCUAGUCCAUGUUGUGCCGUCGAGAUUUUAUAUCCUUACUUUUCUGUCAGUAAAACCUCUCAAUCCGCCCCGCCUUUUCUUCGUUGUAGGCAAAAAACAGCAAGAGUGCCCAUGAUCUUACUAGGAUGCGUGGCCUCCUCUUGAAUUUGAAAACACCGACGUCUGCUUCCUGA